AUCAGGGUUUCAGUGCGUAACACUGCCGCCAUAGGUGGAGGUCGCAGAGAAGCAUGUUGGGAUUAAAGCUGUGACUGAAUCCGACGGGGCUCCCCGCUCGCACCUGGUCCUCACCGUGACGCACAGGUUACCGGAGUCACGUUGGAGCGCAGCCGGCGGCGGCGGAGGGAUCAACCAAGUUUGGGAUGCAGUGAGAGAGUCUGAGAGAGGAUGCUCGCGCCUCGCAGUUCUUAUUGCGCUUUAAAUUUGGACGGAGAGUAAGGUCGCCCGCGUGGGAUGCGAAAGGAUCAGAUUUUGUCUGGCGUGCGUCGGCCUUAGACACCUCGAGAAAUAUGUGCGGAUUCUGCCGUGUUCGCGCCGCGCAGCGGGGAGAUCACUGAUAGAAUCCCAAAUCCUUGGAUGAAUUUUGGAGAAGGACCUGGAAGAGGGACGAGGGGGCGGGGGGAUCUGGUCCGAUGUGGCGCAUCCACCGCUCUUGACCGCGCGUAAUGGGGAGAAAAGUUCUUUUUUUCUUUUUUUCGGACGCGCUCGUAAAUAACAUGUGAAUCCCGCUUCUUCUGAACGCAGCCGACGAAGUUUCCGAGUCCAUUUCAAACCGUCCACUAUGACUUGAAACACCCUCGGUUCUGAUCGGGACUCCAAUCGAAGCAGUCAGCGAUCCCUCGCACCGCCAAAGACGCGCAGAGGAUUCCUGCAGCAGCGGCAGCAACGCAGUGAAACAAGCCCGAUCCGCAUCAUCAGAGAGAGGUUCCGUCCGGAUGGCUGUGAUGCUGUACCAGCUUGGCCAGAGGUGUGUGAUGGAGCUGGUGCUGCUGACCGUCCUGUCCUGGGUCUCCGUGUGGGCGGAGGAGAAGAUCAUAUUUGACAGACACGCUGUUUACUGGAACAGCUCCAAUCCCAAGUUCUGGCAUGGCGAGUACAGAGUGGCAGUGAACAUCAAUGACUACCUAGACAUCUACUGUCCUUACUACGAGGGUCCUCCAUCCCACGGGCGAAUGGAGCGCUACAUCCUUUUUAUGGUCAACCACGAAGGCUACACUUCCUGCCAGCACAGGAUGCGCGGCUUCAAACGCUGGGAGUGCAACCGCCCCAGUGGUCCUGACGGGCCCCUGCGCUUCUCAGAGAAGUUCCAGCUCUUCACGCCCUUCUCGCUGGGCUUCGAGUUCAGGCCCGGACACGAGUACUACUACAUCUCGUCUCCUCACCCAAACCAUGUGGGCCGGGCAUGUCUAAAGCUGAAGGUGUAUGUCAGACCUCCAGAUGGGUCGGGAUACGAUUCUCCGGAGCCGUUCCUGACUGACGGAGGUCCAGGCUCCGGCGCAAGCUGGGCGGUUCUGUUAGCGGCUCUGGCCCCGCUCGUCCUGGGACCCGUCUUCAGGCUGUGACUACCCCACCCCCAACUCCCCCCUCUUCCCGGAGCGCCCAUCCUGGGAUGAUGGGCUGGGCUGGGCUGGCUGUCCCUCUAAUUCCACCACCCCUCAGGGAAGCCCUCUGUCCUCCACCCUUCUUCUUCUUCCCACUUCCACCUGCAGUAUGACCACCAACCACCCUCCACUGCCAGCCUCUUUUUAUGGUGCCCAGCCACAGAUACCCUUUCCUGGAUUACCUACAAUGUUUUUAUUUUAUUUUUUUUAUUAUUUUUUUUUUAAAAGCAGUCCGGGAAGCUACUCUUCCUUCUCUUAUCCCUGAAUCCUCGGUGGAGCAGCACCUUUUAGCUGAAAACACAAGCGAAAUGUCUCAGCACUCAUAUCAGGGGGUCCUUUUUUGACUUUUGACUCUUGCCCACUGAUGGGGUUAGAAGUAGCCAUGGCUAUGAUUAAACUUGUCGUUCCAGUGCAGUCCCUAUCCUCUAAUCAAGGCAGGGGUUUUGGGGGAGGGUGAGAAGGACAUCGUACGAUAGGCCUGAAUGCACAAAAAUUGGUUUUUUCGCUGCUUCCUCGAUCUAUAAAUUGGAAGUGGCCAAGCUCGCAUUGAAAUUUGAAUUCAAUAGGACGUAGACCAUCUCCAAAGUGCAAUGAGGAUAAGAGCAAUUAUGACGAGAGCAGGAGAAAAGUGACCAGGACUUUGCUGCGAUGUGAAAAGAAAAGUGUGAAAGAAUACAGCUGAGGAAAAAAAAAAACAAUAAGGCAGAGUGGGAAAUGUAACUUACUGCAGUGGCCAGGAAACUUGUUCAUACACUUUGAGCUUUUACAAUUUUGUAAUCUCCAACCACAAGUUUUAGUGUAUUUCCUGACAUUUUAUAUGAUAGCACAAUGCAACAUAACACAUAAUUGUGACAUGCGACAUACGUUUUUUAAAUUUUUUUUAAUAAAUAAAGUAUGAACAUGUGGCAGGCAUAUAGGUUCUCCCUCCUGUAUUCUAUCUUUCUCUCCAAGGCUUUUGGGGUUGUAGCUCUGUCUCAUCUUUAAUUGUAAAAUGCCCGCAGUUCAAUUAGAUUGGAUGAAGAAUCUGAAAAUUUAAAUUGCAUUUAGAUUUAGACUUUGACUGGGCCAUUAUAAAGAGUGAACACUUUGAUCUAAGCUCCUCCAUUGCAUUUCUAGUUGUAUUUUUCGGGCAGUCUCAAAUGUUCUGCAGCUUUUUCUUGUGUCAGCCUUGUUGGACACUCAUCUCUUGAUAGAUUUGGUUUCUUUUUAUAAUCGGAUGAUGGACUGAAAGAACUGAAUUCUAAUCGGCGCCUCAAACAGUUGGGACAAUUAUACAACUCAGUGUUUCUCUAGCACAUAAAACCCCAGUAAAACACAUCGAACCUGAUGUAAUGUGACAAAAUGGGAAAAAGUUCAAGUGGUAUAAACACUUUUGGCAAAACAUUUCAAGCUGUGUGCGUUCGCGACAGUUUUCCAGGAGCUCUGACUUUGCAUCUUGGCGACAAGUAUAACCAUAGCCUGUUUUAAUGGGGUGGGGGACUGGGUGGGAUAUCAUGGGUGGGUUUGGUGGGGUGUAGAUUUUCAGGUGGGCUGUAUUUUGUCUUUUAUGUGUUUCUAAACAAAGCAUUUAUCACGGCCUGGCCUGCACAGGCGUAUCCAGCACUAGCUAAUGUCGUCUGGGUCGGGUGACUUUUGGAACCAGGACUUUCUCUUGUAUGAAUGUACCACUGGCCACCCACCUCUUUGUUAUUUCUUUGUUGUUUUUUUUUUUCUUUUCUCCGUAUUGUCAUGACUGUGGUCACUUACAGUACCUUCUCUCGGACUGGCAGGAUUUAUCAAUGGCUCUGAGAUUCGACGAGAAGGCGGGGGUUGAAGGGUGGGAGGGCAGGUGAGAAAAGGAGGCGACACUCAAGUUGCAUGACCACUGUGAAACCUUCAGAUCAAACUUGUUUCUAUUGAUAUAUUUUUUCAUGGUGAGAAAAAAGGAAAAAAAAAAUCAGAAAACAUCCCGCUUCAACUCUUUUGCUCUCCCUGAGACUUUUUAAGACAUCAAAGGUGGGGUGGGUGGGGGUAAUAUUCAGACUCCUUCCUCACAUAGUUUCUCCUGUCUGGGCUCUCAGUCGUUGAUGGAUUAGCUUGGGCUGGAAAGAUAAAUGGACCCGCAGGGCGAAACUGACUGGAAAUCGGCCCCCGAAGCCCAACUCGGAUCACGACGAACGUAAACAAGGACUGAAGCUGGUCCGGGGGGUUAAACCAAUAAGGGAAGCACAUAGACUGUGGCAAAUGAGGCGAGGUGUGUGAGCGAGCUGCGUGUGAGGUAGCAUCACAAAAACACACAUAUGCACACACACACACACAAACACUUAAAGCGACAGUGAAAGCCCGCACGGACAAGAGCGAUCGUCAAAGAAAGAGUGUGUUUGAUGGGACUCGAGCAUUAAGAGUAAGCACUGUGAACACACACACAUACACACACACACAGACGCACACACACGCACAUACGUAACAAUCCAUAAACAGAUAACCACACUGGCCAACAUACAUGCAAAAAAAAAAAAAGAGUGCAGUUGUAGACAUUUACAAAGACAUGCAAACGUGUACAAAACACAAACAAGGGGAAAUGCUUGUUCUCCUAUUCCAUCUUAUUUUUGUAGCAUUUAAAAUCACUGUUAAUUACUCCUUUGUGGAAUGCAGUGAUGAGGUUAUCGCCUCAGAAGGAUUACAACAACAACAAAAGUGUGUCUUCUCUUCUUCUGUUCCACUGACGCUGUCCCUCUAUCGUUUCUUCUUGUUCUCCGCCGGUUUGUGAUCCACAGUUGGUAGCGGCUUUAGGAUGCCCCCAGGUCUGAGCGUCAUGUAUGAGUUUGUCUCCUUUUCUGUUCGUGGUGUUUUUAGGGCGGGCCUUCGCCAUCGGGGUCGUUCAGUUGGGAACGGUGGCGUACGCAGAAGUCGGCUCGGGGAGAGAAACACAAAUAAAGAUUGUCUUUUGUCUACUUGAAAACAUCCCGCUUGAGUGGAAUUUCUUCAGUGGAAAUGUGAAUUCAUUCUCGUUUUAUCCAAUCCUCCCCCCCCAAACCUCCACGCCUCCUCCCAAAGGGCAGAUGAUUGUAUUUAUGUAUUAGACUGCACCUGGGUCUUUAUUUGCCCAGUCCAUCUUUCUCUGACGUCAGUCUUGGAAUGGAGAUUAUUGAGCUCUGCCAGUCAAAGCAUGAAAUUAUUCAGAAGAAAUCACCCUCGCUCAUCUUCAGCUGUUUCCCCCUCAGGGAAGUGACAGCUAAUCUGAACUGCUGACAACGUGGAGACAGAAUAGCUUGAAAGCCUUUCCUCUUGUGUUUCUCUCAGAUUUCCUGCAUGGUGACUGACCAGCGAUGGGAAGUAACAAAAGAGCAUGUCUUCAAAUGCUGUUCUGGGGUUUUAAUUGUCUUGAAUAUUUCGAUGGCCAGUUGCUUUCCACAGUAUUACAUUUUCGGAGGGAUAUAUUGUGUCUUUUACUGCACUACAUUGAUUUUAUAGUUAGAGUUAACAGGUUACUUUGAAAAUGUUCUGUAUAAAAUGAUCAGAUUUUUAAAAAUACACCAUUUAAAUAAUACUAAGUGGUUACCACAAGAAAACGGUGUCAAGUUGUCAUUUCUCUGCGACUGCGUUUCCAUUACUUCUCCAUUUCUACAGGAGCCGGUCCAUGGUGUGAGAAAACCCUGCAACUUCUUCAGCGCUCCUGGUGGCCUGCGGGCUCCAGGUUCAUCUGAGUUUAGACAAGACAGGUUUACAAAAGCACACAUUUCUCACUGGUUAGCAGGUUUAAUUCCAGUUAAUCCUCCACGGGUUUAGACUGAUAGUUAUAUUUUAAUUUUAUUAAACUGUUUCUUCUGACUGACAGGAAAAUUUACUUUCUGAUGACUUGGAGGUUGUCACUGGAGAUAAAUCAUCAAAAUAUCAAAGGAAACGAGGAAAAGCUGGUAAUUAUGAAGAAAGUUUAAAUGCUGAAAUGCUAGUAAGAAUUUUCCCACUGAUUACUGAGAAGAGUUUAUUAGAUUUUUGUUGUUGUUGUUGUUAUAGUUAAUAUGUAAAUAAAACAUAUUAUUCCUAUCAGAAACAAAAUUCUUUGUUGAAUGAAAAAUUACUUUAAAUCUAAAUUUGCCAGUUCUGAGCUGGGUUUAACUUCAUGGGUUAAGAGAAGAAAUGGCUUCAAAAAAUCAAAGGUUUUUACAUUUUUAAGUCUUUUUUACAUUUUAAAGUCAAUGAGAUGCCAGAGAACAUGCUGGCAUGACUGUAAUUUUCUCUGUUGUGCCAUUCUAGGCAUGAAUUACAACAGCACUCACAAGGAAAAAUGAUUAUUAUUAUUAUUCUAUCAAAUAAACCUGAAAAUUAUCAAGCGUCUGUUAAAUCUGCAAUAGUGGGACAUAUGCUCAGUGCCUAAUUCAGACGUGUAAUAUCUCAUGGUAAGUUUAAGGC